AUGCCCCGGCUUGUCCGCCGCCGACCGUUGGCGGAACGCAUCAAGUCCUACUUGAACCCUUUGGACUUUCUGCUGUGGCUCUCGGAGGAGAUCGAUACACACGACUGGGAUCAGUUUGAGAAGGACUGGGCGCUCCCUGUGGGCAUCGCUCUGAAUCUGGUCUUUCUGAUUGCCAGGGCCAAUAGUCAGUCGAGCAGUAGUCAAGCUAUCGAUGAUGUCUUUGGCGACGAGGGAGGCACCCCGGUGCUAAGCUGGUUUGCCUCCUUUGUCGUCCAUCUCCUUAUUGUCUUUGCCGCUCUCAACACCUUCUAUACCUUCUAUCGGAAGCGACACUAUCGCCUGUUUGAAGCCUCAAUCGAUCGAGCCCCCGCGACACCGUCCGCUCAUCGGGUACGGGUGAAUUCUACGCCAGUGAUCUCUUCGCCGCUAAAAUACUUGGCCGAAUCGAUAUCAUCGAAGUCCGCUCAGUCGAGAGCACACCCUGAUGCGCAGCGCGACGUGUGGGAGCUUGCAGUCUGGGACCCUUCGCCCAUUUGCAUUCGGUUGUUCUGCCUUUUCAGUCCCGGGCAUGUCUUGGUCUACUGGCUUUUCCUACCCACUCAGCUAUCCGACCCUCGCCCGAGCGUUACGAUCGUGACUACCGUCUUUUUUGCAACCCUACUCUCCGUACAGAUGUCAUUUCUCUCCUCGUCGUAUGUUCAGCAAGCGAAGGAUUCUAUGUUGGUUCAUAAGGAGGUUCUCCGCGAAUAUGAUACCAAAUACGUGCACCCGCGGACUCAGCCUGUGAUGAGAGAUGUGGGCACUCAGUUCUCCGAAUCCGACUCGGACGUUAAGCAAAACAAGGUCGAUACUUUUACACCCACUCAUGUCAUCCACCGGGGAUUUAAAACGAGUCCCAACCCCAACUAUGUCAGCCACGUGGAUCCUGAAGGUCGGUCGUCCGGGCGUCAUUCUCUAGCAGGUACCCCCACUGGUGUUGCCAGUCGUCCAAGCGCACUUCAGACUCCGAGCCACCUACGGGAUGCGUCUCCUCUUGUCCGCACCUCGAUUCGUCAACCUCAAUUCCGACAGACCCCAACAGGCACGGGUGAUGGCGGUAGUCUCGGCAUUUAUUCGCAUGCCAACUCGCCGUUGAAGAAGUCCGCGUCGACCAGUUUCGACCGUCGUCUUACAAGCAAUGGAGACUUCUUCUACAAAGAGCGUGGCGCCAGCGCCGUGAAGAGGCCAUCUAGUCCACUUAAGAAAAGCAAUGUUCCCGGAGGGGGAAGUCCCAUGAUCGCAGGACCGAGACGGAGUCUCGCUGACACGACGCGCCGCGAAACUGGACGUUUUUGA